AUGAAGCUAACCUUGAUCCUCAUUCAAUUAGUUUGUCUGCGCCCUGUCCAGGCCAUAAGCGUGCAGGAUAUUCCUCAAUGUGCGCAAAAUUGUCUCUCGAAUUCCACGUCAGCUCAAACGUCAUGCUCAGUGAUUGAUAUCGCCUGUCUCUGCUCGAGUUCGGCGUACGUGGCGGCAUUGUCUUGUUGUCUGUACACUCAAUGUUCGAGCGAGGAGCAAACAACUGCCAUUCAAUUCAACAAGCAGGAGUGUGCCGCAGUCAAUGAUACCGCUCCAGAUUUUGUGGGGUGCUCACCGGCGGGACUAUCAAGUGCCCUUGCCAGUGCGAGUGCAGACCCGGUAAUAUCGGCCACAAUUUCGACGGCGGUUUCCACGACUUCCACUUCCUCUUCAAUUGAUUCUCACUUCUCGACCAUUGAUGGAGACGUAGUUCCGGAACAAACCAUAGUUUCUCGUGGGAAGCCCAUCACGGCUACAUUUGCAGGAAGACCGCUAAUGACAGGUAGCUGUACGAUACCGUAUUUUGCUAUUGUCACGGUCGCAAAUGGCCAGAUGACCGAAUUUCCGGCUGUUGGCUGUUCAGACGAAAGAGCCGAUUGCUGCCCAUAUGAUCAAGGAGCGAAUGCCUAUAUAACAAAGUGCCCACGAGAUUAUUUCACCACAGCUAGUGCAUGUUGUCCGAUUGGUUACCAGGUCUACUACACCGCCAUUGGUGCAGAAACACCCUGCUAUUCGGAUCCAGCCACCAAGGUGCUUCCGGUGUCGACUCCCACCGCUUCUGGUCUGACUCUUAUCACGGAUCAUAUAUUCUCGCGGAUGUAUAUGCUGGUCCCACCAUCUACAGGCCGCCAGGACAUACCUCUGGGCGGUAAAAUCGGUAUCGGCAUCAGCGCAGUCCUGUUCGUGGGGGCGACCAUCGCGGUAUGGCUAUACAUCAGAAAGCGCACAGCCAAGGCAGUGGCUGCCGCUGCUCGUGCAACGACAUUCCCGCCCGAGGAGCCACCUCUUCAAAUGUCGGGAUCGUCCACCGCUCAUGAACCCAACAGGCCAGAGGCAUUAGCUAGCUCUCCUGGAGCUGCAGUGGCGAAUUGGCCUCUUUUUCCCACCACAUCAUCACCUCCAGCAUACGAUCAUACGAAAGGGAGACCGGCCCCGCGCAAGCCGAGCAUUCCUCAAGAACUACCAGGAAGCACAUAUAUUAAUGAGCAUCACCCAGCAUUUUCGAUGCGCGAUACAUCCGCCGAAGCAACGCCAUCAUCACCUCCCAGGACGCCGAUUCAGAGUCCAGGUGGGAAUGAAAAUAGGUCACCUCUCAUGUCUGCGGGAACCCCACGGUUAGGAAAUCAGAGUCCGCGAUUUGUAUCACCCUUAGGGUCACCACGGCUGCUCCAAUCAUAG